AUGUCAGAGGCGUAUGGUGUUCAGGUCCUCCGAAAAGAAGUCUUUGAUAUUCCAGUGAAGCAUGAAAACGAAAUCCAACAUUUAAUCAAAAGUUACAGAAAUUUAUACCCUAAGUGGCUUUUUGAGUUAAGGUGUGGUUUUGGUUUAUUAAUGUAUGGAUUUGGUUCUAAAAAAGCCUUGCUCGAGGAUUUUGCUUCAACAAGCUUAACUGAUUUUGGAGUGGUCGUGAUCAAUGGCUAUCUUCCAUCAAACAAUCUUAAACAAGCCCUGAUAACCCUAGCUGAAGUCCUCUCGGACCAAUUAAAACAUGAAAGGAAGAGCUCUACAAGAAGCAAAUCGAACACUGAACAUACUUUUAGUUCUCUGUCAAUUGAAGAUCUUCUCUCAUUUCUGAAUGUGCAACUUCCACAAGACAAUAACUGUUUUGUCUGUGUUAUCAUACACAACAUUGAUGGUCCUUCUUUGAGAGAUCCUGAUUCACAACAGUAUCUUGCGCAAUUAGCAAGCUGUUCUAGAGUCCGUAUGGUUGCAUCGAUUGACCAUGUGAAUGCACCUCUUUUGUGGGACAAGAAGAUGGUGCACACUCAGUUCAAGUGGUCGUGGCAUCACGUCCCAACUUUUGCCCCUUACAAGGCGGAGGGCAAUUUUUUCCCAUUGAUUUUGGCAAAUUAUGGCAAUGCCCAAACCACGAAAACUGCUUUGGUUGUUCUACAGAGUUUGACACCCAAUGCGCAGAGUGUUUUUAAAAUCCUUGCCGAGCAUCAGCUAGCCAAUGAGAAAGAAGGCGAGUCGAAUCACAAUACAUUGGUAGUUAGUAAUACAUUGGUAGUUAGUAAUACAUUGGUAGUUAGACUCUAAUCUUCUUUUGUUUUC